AUGCAGAUGAACCAAAGGCAAUCCCUCGUAACGAUUUCAAAGCCAAGCUGCGCAUUACCGCAACAUUACAUUCCCAACAUGACAAGAAAUCAGACCGCUGGAAACCCUCCUUCUCCACAGGCUGCUAGUUUCAAGGGCCAUGCGGACAUUGCGGCGCUGCUGCAGCUACUCGGGGCGGACCCUAAUGCGCAGGGGUAUCAGUUCGGUAGUGUGUUGCAGGCUGCGUCGUUGCAGAAUCAUGUGGAAAUUGUACGGUUGUUGCUGGCUGGUGGGGCGGAUGUGCGGUUGAAGGGGGAAGCAUGGGACCGAGCUGGCAGCGGCGGAACAUAUGGGGCUUGGAGGGGUUGUGAGGGUGUUGGUGGAGAGUAG